GAGAAGAGGAAGAAAAACGGGGAGAUUCGUGGUAGAAGAAGAGGAAGAAGAGGAAGAAGAGGAAGAAGAAGAGGGUGGAGGGGGGGAGAAGAAGGUGGUGGGUGGUGGAGGUGGUGGUGGUGCGGAAGGACGAGGCUUGGGUUCCCUCGAUCGCGCGAUAGCCCAUCGUCGAAUAAUCUGAGAGAGGACGCUCGGUUAUGACGGCGAAAUCGCGGGAGGUUGUCGCAUACGACGGUACUCGUAGUUAGUCGCGAAUUUUAGUCGUCGAAGGACUAUCAUCGCGUCGAGAGCUACGUGUCACGAUCACGAUAUUACGGGAGUAAUAUCAUGACAGUUAUAUUUGUAUUCGUAUUAGUCGCUCGACUUAGGAUCGCCAAAUCUAUCGUCAAUGUCUCUUGGAAAGCUUCGAAUUUAACGGAGAAGAUUUAGGAAACUAAAGAGAGGAACAACGUUUAAAGUGGAACGUCCUUCGACGUAAGUAUUUGAUAUCGGUGAUUCGAAGGUGGACCGGUAGAAGAAUAAAGCUGAGCGUCAUGGCGCACAAAACUACUACGGGUUGCCUGCCAAGGAUAGAAAUUUGGAUGUUCAGGACUUGUCUGCCAAUUGUACUCCUGCUUAUCGUCGUAUCUCAGGAGAGCCUGGGUGGACAACACGAGAAACGAUUAUUAAAUAACUUAUUGUCGAAUUACAAUACUUUGGAACGACCAGUAGCCAAUGAGAGCGAACCACUGGAAGUUAAGUUUGGAAUAACUUUACAACAAAUUAUCGACGUGGAUGAAAAGAAUCAGAUAUUAACGACGAACGCAUGGUUAAAACUGUCCUGGACCGAUUACAAUCUACAAUGGAAUCAAUCGGAAUAUGGCGGAGUGAAAGACGUCCAUAUAACACCGAACAAGCUUUGGAAACCGGAUAUCCUCAUGUACAAUAGCGCGGAUGAGGGUUUCGACGGGACGUACCAAACAAACGUGGUGGUCGCGCAUAACGGCAGUUGCCUGUACGUCCCACCGGGCAUCUUCAAGAGCACAUGCAAGAUAGACAUCACUUGGUUCCCCUUUGACGACCAACACUGUGACAUGAAGUUCGGAUCCUGGACCUACGACGGCAACCAGCUCGAUCUGGUCCUCGAGUCAGAGAAGGGAGGUGACUUGUCCGAUUUCAUCAUGAACGGGGAAUGGUAUCUCAUCGGUAUGCCUGGACGAAAGAAUACUAUAGUAUAUAAGUGCUGUCCGGAGCCGUACGUCGACGUGACCUUCACGAUACAGAUACGCAGGCGAACGCUAUACUAUUUUUUCAACCUGAUCGUGCCCUGCGUCCUGAUAUCGAGUAUGGCCCUAUUGGGUUUCACAUUGCCGCCCGAUUCCGGAGAGAAGCUCACCUUAGGAGUGACCAUUCUGCUGUCGCUGACAGUUUUCCUGAACCUCGUGGCAGAAAGCAUGCCGACGACCUCGGACGCUGUCCCUUUAAUAGGGUCGUACUUCAAUUGCAUCAUGUUCAUGGUGGCGAGCAGCGUCGUCUUGACCGUUAUGGUGCUAAAUUAUCAUCACAGAACGCCCGACAGAUACGUCAUGCCUAAUUGGAUCAGAAAGGUGUUCCUACAGUGGCUGCCAUGCAUAUUAUGCAUGAGCCGUCCUGGCAAGAAGAUCACGAAGAAGAGUCUUCUUGUGGGCAAUCGGAUGAAAGAACUCGAGUUGCAGGAGAGAAGCAGUAAGAGCUUGCUGGCGAACGUUUUAGAUAUCGACGAUGAUUUUCGUCAUGGAAACAGUGCUGCCAAUCCAGCUUCCACUUAUAUAAGCAGGUCGGCGUACGGCACGCCAUUAUCCGGACGGCCGGCGACGGUCGAAGAAACGUCGGCGUCUUUACCGCUAAGCGGUAUGCAGAGAGAACUUCACACGAUUCUCAAAGAAUUACAGUUUAUCACGAGUCGUAUGAGAAAGGCCGAUGAAAACGACGAGGUGAUUAACGAUUGGAAAUUUGCUGCCAUGGUGGUCGACAGGCUCUGCCUGAUCGUCUUCACGUUAUUCACGGUGCUGGCCACGGUCGUAAUACUGUCUAGUGCGCCACACAUAAUCGUCCACUAAUAGACUGCCCCGGUCGAGACACCGAAGAUAAUGCACAAAAAAUCGUCGCUGAAAUAGCGUCACCUCGAAUUUGAAGCAACGUUCGCGCGCGUGAUUUGCGGGACCGACACUCUACUACUACUACUACUACUACACUACUACAACUACUACUAGUACUACUACUACUACUACUACUGUUACUACUACUGCUACUACUACUACUAUUACUACUACUACUACUACUGACGAAACAGAAAGAGAGAGAGAGAGAGAGAGAUAGAAAAAAGAGAGAAAUAAUGGAGAAAGAAAAAGGAAGAGAAAAAGGAAGAUACCGGGAUAAAGGACGAAAAAGGGACGGGGAUACAACAACGAUCGAAGAAAAAACGAGCCUGAUCAUCGAAGAGCUCUUUGACAACGGAGCUUCGUCAUUAAGAGGGAAUACAUCCGUCGAAAAUCCUUUGGACUACUAAACAUCGUCCAUUUCACCAACGCCGUCGAUCUCGCCCUCUUCGUCGUACCUUUCGUUUCGUCGAUUAAGAAGAGACAAGAGACAAGAGAAAGAGACGGUCAGAGAGAAAAAGUAAGAGAAAGAGAGAGAGAGAGAGAAAGGAAGAGCCCUAUUUACCACGAUUACCAACACUUUUUUUCUUUCGUAUCGAUCAUUUUUCUGUUCCAAAUAAAAGAGUAAAAAGAAAAGAAAACAGCAGAAAAACAAGAAAAAGGCAAAAAAAGAAUGAAAAAGAAAAUGAACAAAAAUAAACAGGGAAGGCAAUUCACGUCGAUGAUCAAUUCACUCUCUCUCUCUAUCUAUCUAUCUCUCUUUCUCUCUCUUUCUCUCUCCUUCUCUCUCUCUCUCUCUCUCUCUCUCUCUCUCUUUCUUUUGGAAAAGAGAUCGGAAUAAAUGAUAUUCAGACUCUUCGCGAUACGCGCGAUUCCUCGAACGAACGAACGUCGUUAAAAACCCGGCCUUUCACGGCGGCGUCAAUAAUGAUAAUAAUAAUAAAUAGUAUAAAUAGCUAAAAAGGAAACUAUUAUAUUCGAAUCGCUUAGCGCGCGCGCUCUCGCUCUCUAAUGUUUCCCUAUAUAUAUAUAUAUAUACAUACAUACAUACAUACAUACAUACACAAAACAUACACCCACACACAUACGUGUAUAUAUAACGCCGGUGCGCGCGCGCGCCUGCGCGACCGAGCUCGUAGAUAAACGUUAAAUAUCUUCGAACAACUGCCAAACAUGGAGGAGCUCUCGUGUCAGGGGUGACCAAUAUAUGUAUAUCGUUUUUUUCGAGAUGGAUCGAUCGAUCGAACGAAUGACCGAGCGAAAGAACGAACGAGCGAACGAGCGAGCGAGCGAGCGAACGAGCAAACGAGCGAAAGAACGAAAGAAUGAACGAACGAACGCAUGAACGAACGUACGUGAGUGAAAAAAAAAAAAAAAAUAAAUAAAUAAAUAAGUAAAUGAAUCGACGAUUCGAUGUUCUUGAGAAAUCUAUUCAUUGUAUAGAUCAUUCGUGAAAGUUUCUUUUAAAGCGGAGAUAAAAUAGAUAAGAAAAUUCUACUUAUAUAUGUAUUAUAACUACACACGUAUAUAAACAACGUACAUAUAUAUAUAUAUAUAUAUAUAUAUAUAUAUAUGUAUGUAUACAUACAUACGAUAUGAGUUUGUUAUCACAAAAAGAUUUCACGAAAGGAUCUCUGCGUAAACUUUUUCAAAUUUUUUAAUACUUCUCAAGAACGCCGACGUGUCGAUCGUAUCGAUCGUGAAUUAUCGAGGAGGGGUUGAGGUCGUAAAAAAAUGUGGGGGAUUGGUUGGUUGGUUGGUCGAUAAGUAGAUAUGGUAUAUAAAUGUGUGUGGACAAAACUGCCAAGUCGCAUCACCCCUGCUUUCCGUACAGAUAACUCGCGAGUUGUUCUCGAGGAUUUCGUGACGCGAGAAGGGUCAGAGGAAGAAAGGAAAAUGAGGAAGGAAGGAAAAAAGAAAGUGGGAUGAAGAGAAAGGAAUGAAGCUAGAAAGAAAGAAAGAAAGAAAGGAAAAAAGAAAGGAAAAUUGGAGAAAAAGAUUUCAAAGAGAUAAUUCGCAUACUUUCGAACGUCGAAGAAAAAAGACAGCUUUGGUAAGAACAUAAGAAGAUUUUCAUAUCUUUCUUUUUUUUCUUCUUCUUCUUCUUCCUCUUCAUCCCCAUAAUCAUCAUCAUCAUCAUCAUCAUCAUCAUCUUCUCCUUAUUCUUUUUCUUCAUCUUUUUCUUCAUCAUCGUCUUCUUCUUCUUCUUUUUUUUCAUCUUCUUCGUCUUAUUAUUUUUAACGGAUAGAUCUUAUCUUGAAUGAGUCAAGGCCAUGGUAGUCGCCCAUCGUCUCCAUAAAAACACUUUACGUUUACGUUCCGUGCUUUGCCUUUUAUUAUCCACCGGUUCUGGUUAUUAUUUGGCUUCUAUAACAUCUUGCGACGUGGUAAACGAGCGCCACGCAAUUUGUUACUUGAUCGUAUAAACGCGACUAGACGAGCAGGUUAACGUUUAAUGAUAAGAGAUAAGAGGAUCUUUUCGUGGUUGCGUUUAGACGGGAAUAUGAUUAGACGAAAAAAGGAAAGGAGAAAAAAUAAGAUCCUAUAUAUAUAUGUACGGGGUGUCCUCUUUCAAUCGAUCCUUAUACGAAUAUCAUCGAAAUUCUUGAGGAUGACGAAGAUUCGUUUGAAGUAUUUCUUUCCCUAUUUUGUAUGGGUUCCUUGUCUAUCGAUGAUCAAUGGCCUUGAAACUAUUUCAUUCAAAUAUUCACAGAUAACAUUAAGAAAUAUCGAUGAAUUUUACGAUCAGUCGAUCGAUUAUAAUGAGAGAUACCCUGUAUAUUAUUGUAUACUUGAAAAGAUCGACGUGUUUCCUGAUUCGUGAAUAAACGAAAUCACGUUGAAUUUCCUCGGUUACCACGAGAAAAUUCAAUUUAUAGAGAAACUUCGAAAAGCCAUGCCGGAAAGUCCGAAAGGUCGUAGAAUGAUUCGGUUCAUAAAGCAUGAUGGAUGAUACGAGAAAAAGAGAUAGAGAGCUUUGGAAAUACGUCGAAACAUAUGGGAUAUAGGAGCGAUAGCGGUUUAGAAUUUUGCGUAUAUCAACGGCGUUACUCCGUAAAAUUUUUUUUCUCCUUUUUUUUCUUUUUACUCUUUUGCACUUUUUUUUAUUUCUUUUUUAUUUUCUUUUUUUUUUACGCAAGAAAGGAAGGAAGACAUAUAUCACGAAGGAAGGAAAGAAAAAAAAAGAAAAAUUCUUUCUCUUUUCUUUUUCAUUUCCUUUUUCCUUUCUUCGCUUUUUUUUCUUUUUUUUUUUUUUCUUUUUUUUUUCUUCAUAAAUUUUCGCAUUAUAACGUUACGCGUAAAACUGAAGAAUAAAUUUACUGUCGAAUCGGGCGCACGCGAGAUAAUCCAAAGCAUUCUAACGUAAAAUACAACCAACGGAGAGAUCUAUAAGUAUUCGGUAGAUAGUUUCGAGCGAUCGAAUCCUCCAAAGUUUAGCUCGUAAAGUUCCUUGAGUUACAGACAGCAUACAGAAACGAGGAGAACGAUGAUCGCGGUACGCAAAUGAAUUUGCUUGAACUCGUUAAAGCGUCGAACUUUAGGACGAAUGGUCGACCCUUUUGAAAGGUUAUGAAUCGGAUCUAUGGUGAAUACCGAUUGUUAGAGAAAAUCCGUGAUCGAAUCGAUUGAAUGAUCCUUAUACGUAAUAUCCAUUCGUGUAUAAUAUUUAAAAUUCAUCGAAUAAUAUUUUUAUUUUUAAAUAACAAUGGAAUGUUGAUGGGAUAUAAUAGUGAUGGAAAAUAAAAUUUACAAUUAUGUCGAAAAUGAAUACCCUUCUCGCUUGAUAGAAAAACUGUACGGAAGGACAGAGUGAUUUCAUCGUUCAAACGACGCGAAAAACAUAAUAACGAGUAAUAUUGAAGUGUUCCGAUAAAAAAAUACUCAAGUAAAUAUGUAAAUAAUGGACGUUCGCGUGGCGCGGGACUCAAGUAAAUAUGUAAUCAAGUUUUAGAAGGACAAAUUCUAAUCAUUUCUCUUUCUCGUCUCAUGCGGCUGAACGUAACAAGCCGGAUCAUCUUCGCGCGCUCGUUCAAAUUUUAGCAACAAUGCGAAGCUUUUUUGCUGCGUCUCAUUAUAAAUUGUGAAAUAAUAAGAGGAAAAUAAGAAGAAGAAAAUAAAAGAAAAAAAAUUAUAUAUAUAUAAAUAUAUAUAUAAAUAUAUAAAAAGAAAAGAAAAGAAAAGCAAAGAAAGAAAAUGGGAUCGUGUCUUCGAGAUGAUCGAGCGAAACUUUUCACAUUUUUAUCUCGUUGAAACAGUCAACGUUAAAUUCAUGCACUGUCGAUCGAUGGGACUCGUGAUCGCUUGAUUUGCGAUCUUAGACAAUCAUUUUUAUCUCGCGUUUCGGACAAAGGAUAAGAAUUUUCUAUUGUUUUUUUUUUCUUCUUCUUUUUCUUUGCUUUUUGUUUUCUCUUUUUUUUUUUUUCUUUUUCUUUUUUCUUCGUCGACGAGAAAAUAUGUUUUCGGUGCGAACGAUUCGACGGUGCAAAGAUGACGAAGAAAAAUUAUUUGGAGGACGAUUUUCUUUAUGUUUUUUCCGAUAACAACGAAGCAUAACGUAACGUAUGUAACGUGGCUUAUCGUCGUUCGAAAGAAAAAUCAGCCGAAACUGAUGCGGUACGCAUUAAACUCCCAUAUUCUCUCAGUCAGCGCGUAUAUAUAUAUAUAUAUAUAUAUAUAUAUAUAUAUGUAUAUGUAUAUAUCGAUAAGUGUACGAAUAAUUAACGGCGGCCAAGAAGGAUACAACAACAAGCGAUUGUAGAUAAAACUAUCGUGAUAUAAUUAAUUACACGGCACACGUUCGUUCGACGCGCGAUCGGCACGUACCUAUCGAAAAAUCGAAAAAUGAAGGACGAUCAAAGAUGAUGGAUCAUUAAAUCUCGUAAUAGAUGUCACGUUAGUAUCCUAAUAUCUUUGCGUCCCGCGAAAUGUUUCAAGUUCGAGUCGCCGGAUCACGCAGGCGUAUCGAUCGACAAAACUACGGCAUCUCUUUGGCGGCGAGAAUAUGCGGAGGAGUAUGUCGUAUAUAACAUAAUAAAAAAAAUAAAAAAAUAAUAAUAA